AACAACAUGCUCUGUAUGUAUUUUGAAGAGGCGGAGCAAGAUAAAUCCAAAAUGUAAAUCAUGCAUCCAUCAUUUCACUUAGGGCAGAUGGGUGGGUUUGGUUACGUUCCUGGCAUCUUUCGAGCUAGUCUAGUACAAAAUUAAUAUUCCAUCAUCGCUUUGGACGGGUUUGGCAAGCUGUGGCCUUGGCUCUAGCAACGCUUUUCAAACAGCAAAAUUCUCGAUGUGUUAAUGUCAUAGCCGCCAUCCAUGUUUUUCUCAGGCAACAAAAAACAAGCGUACAUUUGAAUUUCUAAAGAAGAAAUUAUUUCCUGGUACUCGCACCGCAUGCGUCACCAGUUUUUGUCCUAAGUGAAAUAUGAAACCCCUUCCUGGUCUUGGGUUUAUACAGUACAUGAAAAGAAUGAAACAUUAAUUUGUGCUGAGCAUUUAUGCUGAUCAAGCCUGCAGGAACUCCACACAGUAUAAUCAGCUGGGCAAUACAGGAGCUGCUUCAUUGAAAUAUGUCAGAAACUGAAUCAGUGGGGAACAGUGCGAUGGAGUGUCCAGGAGAAAACACUCGCAAGAUGGACAGCGGCACUUCUCGAGUCAUAAUAGUUGUAUUCCUGGCUCUCCUGAUAGAUCUGCUAGGAUUCACUCUUAUUCUGCCGCUGCUUCCUUCAAUUCUGGAUGACUAUGGGAAGACAAAUGAUGGUGUAUAUCAGUCACUACAGAGCAUCGUGGACUGGUUUGGUGAAAUGAUAGGGGUCCCUGUUGAAAGAAAAUACAACAGUGUUCUCUUUGGAGGUCUGAUUGGCUCCUUGUUCUCUCUGCUGCAGUUCCUCUCCUCCCCUCUCACUGGAGCUGCUUCUGACUAUUUUGGACGAAGACCAUUAAUGAUGAUUUCAACAAUGGGGUUAAUGGCUUCUUAUGCACUCUGGGCUGUUUCCUGGAACUUCAGUGUCUUCCUUCUCUCGAGAGUGGUUGGAGGAAUAUGCAAAGGGAACGUCAGUCUUUGCACAGCUAUCAUUGCUGACCUGCCAUGCCCCAAAAUGCGAAAUAAAGGAAUGGCCAUGAUUGGUGUUGCCUUCUCACUUGGUUUCACCGUUGGCCCAAUGAUUGGUGCAUACUUUGCUGUGAACACAGCCAAGGGGGAGAUAUUUUACCUCAGCCCAGCACUGUUGGGCCUAAUGUUUUCUACUGUUGACUUAUUAUUCAUCUUCCUAAUGCUUCCAGAGACGCUUCACAAAGAAAACAGAAUUUCAUCAGUGAAUUCUGGGUUACAGGAAUCGGUUGACUUGCUCAGCCCAGUGGCACUGUUUCAGUUCUCUGCUAUUACUAGAAGAAAUGAUUCUCCUUCAAAAGAAAGUAUGCAUAACCUUAAAGUACUGGGCUUGGUCUACUUUUUCUACCUGUUUCUGUUCUCUGGACUGGAGUACACACUGAGCUUCCUCACUCAUCAGCGCUUCCACUUUAGCAGCAUGCAGCAGGGAAAGAUGUUUUUCUUCAUUGGAAUUACAAUGGCUGUCAUCCAAGGAGGUUAUGCCCGAAGAAUCAAACCAGGAAGUCAUAUUAAAACCGUCAAGAGGGCCAUAAUCCUUUUGAUCCCAGCUUUCGUUCUGGUUGGUUUGGCUUGGAAUGUGACUAUGCUGUACAGUGGGCUGUUACUUUACUCAUUUGCUGCUGCUACUGUUGUGCCAUGCCUGUCCACACUGGUGUCUGCAUAUGGGUCUGCUAGUCAGAAGGGGACUGUGAUGGGGAUUCUUCGCAGUCUGGGCGCUCUUGCACGAGCUUUAGGACCGAUUAUAGCAUCAACUGUGUAUUGGUGGGCUGGAGCAGAGAUAUGUUUCAUUAUUAGUUCUGCCUUCUUCAUUGUUCCUCUUGUGCUUUUGAGACUUAUCAAACAGACGAAAACAGAAUGAAGGGAAGAUUUAAAAGAAAUCAGACAGGAUGAGGAAGAGCCCUGAAACACUGCUGUUUUGCAACAGGACCUGGAGAUGUAACAGCAAAUAAAACACACAGGAAACCGGUUUACUGUUCCAUCCCUUAAGAAAUUAUAUUCUAUAUUUAAUACUUUUUAUAUAAAGUAAAUUACUCAAUUAAAAAAAAAAAAAAAAAAAAAAAACUGCUGGAUUACUAGACAUUUUGUAUAUGUGUGCAUAUCAACUGAAACCCUUAAAGGGAGCUACAGUACCACUCUCUCUUAUCUGAUGUAGAGGUUUUGGUUUAAAAACAAGCAUGAGGAUCCAAAAUCUUAUUUGUACUGAUGUAGAGCUCAGCAAUAAUGUGCUGUACCAAAUCUUCUGCUCUUCAUGGAGUAUAUGUUGCAUGAGUAAAAGGUCAGUUGGAUUCUCACAUUGCAUCACUACAGUGAAAUUAAACUAUGCUGAAGGAGGGUAGAUUUAGCACUACCAUCAACAUUAAUCAUAAAUAUGCCAGUAAGGGAAAUUGCAUUAAGUGCUUUAUAUGGACACCAUUUGCCUUAUAGAAGUAUCCACCCAUCGAGAACGUAAACAUCAGAAUGGCAACAUUUGCAUAAAGCGACACAUCUUGAUGGCAUCCUUCAAAUCAGUUGGGAAUAUUUUUCUUUUUGUUUCCAAAGCACCCCUGCAAAGUGGACACCUGACUUCAUAUCACCUUGCUUAAAUACCAUUGUUUUUUUUUGUUUUUAUAUAUAUAUAUUAUACACACACACACACAUUGUACAUCACAUUAUAGUAAACUGAUUGAAAACUUCAACAGCACCAAUAGUGCUACUGUAGUAUAGUACACACAUGCAAGCACAUUAAGGCAGCAAAAUGUCAAUUUGGAAUUUAGCAUUAAAAUAAAAGGUGUUUAUUUGAAUGUUCUACACAGAAGCAGCAGCUAUAUACUGCCUCCAUUUAUCUCAUUAAUCUCACUGGAAUAGUCCACCAGGGGUAAUUUAAUAAGACUAAAAAUACAUUGGGAUGAGGUCUGUGAAAGAAUGUUAUCAAUUUAAUUAAGGGAGGUAGUACUUUUCAAAUUAAACUGUUUGUGGAGUAUGGGAGUAACUGGUAGCUCAAGAGACAAUAUUCAAGUUUGAAGCCAGAUAUUUUGCAUAUAAAUAAAAGUGUUAGUUGAAGAAUAAUAAUGAUGUUCACCUUAAUACACUUGCAGGACUUAUAUUGAGAUUAUGCAAGUGCCUUUGUUUCUAUAUACACUUUGUUUUACAAAUAAAUCAUUUUAAAUUUGUAUGUGUCAUUUUGUGGAG